GGGGAGGGCCAGAGGGGCAGGAAUGCGCGGCGGGCGGGCGGGCGGCGCAGGAGGCGAGCGGCGGAACAUGUAAGGGCACAUCCCGCCAGCAGCCGCCCAGCGCGCAGACGGAGCGCAGGGGAGCAGGCGUGCGGGCGGCGAGGUGCAGGGCACCGGGUAGAGGCUCGGAGAGGUCGGAGCGGUGCGCAGGGUCUGGAGCAUCCAUCCGCACGCGCCUCCCGGGCUCCGCUGUCUGCAAGGCGGCAUCGGCCACAGGCUCGGCUGGACAGGGAGCAAGGCCAACCAGCCAGCGCCAGGGCUCGAAAAGCCGGCGCUGUAGAGCCGGGACGGCGGGGAUCGCCGCAGCCUCUAGCACUGUGGGAACCUCGGGGCGCCCAUGACGACGACGGCGACCGUGCUGAAGGAGGGCGUGCUGGAGAAGCGCAGCGGCGGGCUGCUGCAGUUGUGGAAGCGGAAGCGUUGCGUGCUCACCGAACGCGGGCUGCAGCUCUUCGAGGCCAAGGGCACGGGCGGCCGGCCCAAGGAGCUCAGCUUCGCCCGCAUCAAAGCCGUGGAGUGCGUGGAGAGCACCGGGCGCCACAUCUACUUCACCCUAGUGACCGAAGGCGGGGGCGAGAUCGACUUCCGCUGCCCCCUCGAAGACCCCGGCUGGAACGCUCAGAUCACCCUGGGCCUGGUCAAGUUCAAGAAUCAACAGGCCAUCCAGACUGUGCGGGCCCGGCAGAGUCUUGGGACUGGGACCCUCGUGUCCUAAACCACGAUGCUUACCAUUUUAUCGACAUAUCCCCCGUCCCACCUCCGUGCCCAGAAGACAGGUCAGCUUCUCUGUCCACUGCGGUUGGUUGGGGCCUGAGUACACGUGAUGAGGCGGAAGCUAUCAACACUCGGAAGAUAUACCUAUCAUCAUGGAAGGAGCCAACUGGCCAGAGGCAGAGAGCAGGAGCCAAUAGGGGCUGAGGAUGAAGAUUCAGUUCCUGGACACUAAGACUGUUAUAACCAGCUCAGGCCUUCAGGCCGAAGGCCUGGCCUCACGUAUCACGAUGGAGCAGUUGGGCCUUACCUGGCAUCAAGGCCCCUCCCACCAGUCCAGCCCUUGGUUCUGGGUUCUGCAGACUGCCGUUUGGCCUCUGGCUUUGAGACAUGCCUAAAGGAGGGCUGUUCUUGGUGUGCUAAGCCAGUGCCUCAGAACUCAGGAGGCCAGCCUGGGGUCCAGAAGAUGACCACCCCACCUUAGGACAGCCACUGGACUCAGCUUGUGGAGGGGGAUCUGCUGGGCUGGAUGGAGGCUGUGCCUGGGGGUCUCUUGCUGCUUAGGUCCUUUUGGGACCCCCCUCCCAUCUGUACCCUUUCUUUGCACACUUCUUCCCUCACCUCUGUUGCCCUGGAGGGGGUGGGGGUGGGGUAAGGGUUGGGCCUUUACCAUUUCACGAUUAUUCCAGAAUGAAGAGGCCCGGUUCAUGGGCAGUAACCACA